AUGGCUCUACUUUCCAAGUUACGCACUUGUCUUCCUCCCAUCCACGACAGCACGCCUUUGUGGCAUUUGGGCGCAAGCUGUGCUCCUUUAGCAUUUGAAAGCGAUGCGAACAGCGCCCCUGGCCGGCUCAAAGCCAAACCACUUCACGCCGUCGCGUCGCGACGAAGAAAAAUCACAGGGGGCCGGGGGGACGGUUUGCUUGCCUCUCCAGAGGCCCGUGAGUUUCAUCGAAAGCCCCCUCCCCGCAUUUGCAGCAGCGCCAUGACCCAGCAAGUGCAGCCGGCGAAGCAAUGUGAGUCGAGCCCCAACACGAAGCAGAUGAAGGAGACACUCAGUGAGGUCAAGGGUCAACAUGAGAAAGCGGCACAGAUUCGAAAGAGCUUCCAGCGACCCAAGUUUUGGGUCAUGGGCUUUGGCUGGUGCCUUGCGGCCUGCGCCGGAGCAGCCAACGUGAUCGCUUUCAAGAGCUGGAACCUCUAUGCCUCGCACGUGACAGGGAGCACGUCAGCCAUGGCUUUCAGGUUAGAGGGAUACCACCAGGGAGAAUACGGUUCAGAAAGCUUGAAGGAGGCAUGCCUCUUGGUUUUCUCCUUCCUGUGUGGUGCAUAUGCCUGCGGUCUCUUGAUCGACAAGAAUCAAGUGCACUUCAUGGGCAAGGCCUUCUAUGGCUUGGCUCUGAUACUGAACUCCAGCUUGCUGGUGACAGCCGCCUUCAUUCCAGGCAGGUUGCUCCCGGUUUGCCUGGUGGCGGCAGCAUGCGGCUUGCAGAAUGCCAUGUGCACUUCCCACUUUGGUGCCAUUAUCCGCACCACGCACGUGACUGGCACCGUCACCGACAUUGGUUCCACACUUGGGCGAAUCAGCAUGAUUUACAUCCGAAAGGGUUGCCGCUGUUCCAAGUUGGACGACGUGGAGCGGGCCGAAGUGGGCGUUGACGCGAGGAAGUUGGCCGUGCUCUUCGGGCUCUGGAGCUUUUAUUUCAUGGGAGGUCUCUUUGGAGUCUACAUGGAGAACAUCAUCCCUGGACCCCCUCAACGUGCCUUGCUGCUUCCAGCUACCUUCACUGGAAGUGUUGGUCUCUUCUACAUGGCAUGCCGCCAGAUCUUGAAGGACUACAUCAAGAAGUUGGAGCGUGAAAGGUUCGAAGCGGACUUGAAGGAGGCUCACGAUGUCUUGGCGCACAUGGGCAGUCGGCUGCACGACCUUGAGCGCAACGACCAGUCGGUGGUGGAAUUGGACGCAGAGAUGGGGCAUAUGAUCGAGGCACUCCACGAAGUGGAGGCCGACUUUGAGAAUCUGGUGCGAACGCACAGCCAGAUGCUGGAGCGCCAGGAGAUCUCCCGAACCGAGGACAGCGCUGCCAGCAAAUCCGACAAGGCGGCAGUCAGCAACACCCAGCUGCAUUCGUGUGGCUUUCAGCUAUUUUCCAACUUCCUUCUGGGUCUGUCACAGAAGCUCUGCGUAUUUUUGUGCAUUUUCAGCGCCAUGACCCAGCAAGUGCAGCCGGCCCAAUGCGAGUCGAGCCCCAAUACGAAGAAGAUGAAGGAGACUCUUGGUGAGGUCAAGGGUCAACAUGAGAAAGCGGCACAGAUUCGAAAGAGCUUCCAGCGCCCCAAGUUUUGGGUCACGGGCUUUGGCUGGUGCCUUGCGGCCUGUGCCGGAGCAGCCAACGUGAUCGCUUUCAAGAGCUGGAACCUCUACGCCUCCCACGUGACAGGGAGCACGUCAGAAAUGGCCUUCAGGUUAGAGGGCUACCACCAAGGGGAAUACGGUUCAGAGAGCUUGAAGGAAGCAUCCCUCUUGGUUUUCUCCUUCCUGUGUGGUGCAUAUGCCUGCGGUCUCUUGAUUGAUAAGAAUCAAGUGCACUUCAUGGGCAAGGCCUUCUAUGGCUUGGCUCUGGUGCUGAACUCUAGUUUGCUGGUGACAGCAGCCUUCAUUCCAGGCAGUUUGCUCCCUGUUUGCCUGGUGUCGGCAGCAUGCGGCUUGCAGAAUGCCAUGUGCACUUCCCACUUUGGUGCCAUUAUCCGCACCACGCACGUGACUGGCACCGUCACCGACAUUGGUUCCACACUUGGGCGAAUCAGCAUGAUUUACAUCCGAAAGGGUUGCCGCUGUUCCAAGUUGGACGACGUGGAGCGGGCCGAAGUGGGCGUUGACGCGAGGAAGUUGGCCGUGCUCUUCGGGCUCUGGAGCUUUUAUUUCAUGGGAGGUCUCUUCGGAGUCUACAUGGAGAACAUCAUCCCUGGACCCCCUCAACGUGCCUUGCUGCUUCCAGCUACCUUCACUGGAAGUGUUGGUCUCUUCUACAUGGCAUGCCGCCAGAUCUUGAAGGACUACAUCAAGAAGUUGGAGCGUGAAAGGUUCGAAGCGGACUUGAAGGAGGCUCACGAUGUCUUGGUGCACAUGGGCAAUCGGCUUCAAUCCUUGGAACAGAACGACCAGUCGGUGGUGGAAUUAGAUGCGGAGAUGGGACACAUGAUCGAGGCACUCCAUGAGGUGGAGGCCGACUUCGAGAAUCUGGUGCGAACACACAGCCGGAUGCUGGAGCGAACGGAAAGCGCCGCCAGCAAGCCCGACAAGGUGUGA